AUGGCGCAGGGCUGCGAGGCACAACGCCGGGCGUCGCCUGUCAAGGACAUGACAGGAGCGCCGAUAUGGUAUGUCGUGUUCGAGGCCCUGGACGGCGAGAGGACCGCUGUGCUGGACGAGCUGAGCCAGCUCGGCUGCAUCCGCGGCAAUCUGGAGCGGUCCUACUCGCCCAGAGACGAGAUCGUGUUCGGCAGAGGGGCGAACGCCUCGGUGAGCCGAAUGUACCACAGGGGCCUCGCCCAGGUGGUGGCGGUGAAGAAGAUGAAUUCGAUGAUGGAGCUGGACGCGAUCGAGCGAGAAUUGGCGACAUUGUUACAGGUGCAGCUGCACCCGAACGUGAUCGGGUGCCACGGCAUUUUCUGGAGCGUGGAGGAGGAGCUUCCCCGCUUCUCGUUGGUGCUGGAGGCGGCGCUCGCCGGGGACAUGCUCAACCAGGUCCUGCAUGUGGGGGUGCUGACCGAGCCGAAGGCCAAACCGCUCUUCGCCGGGAUGAUGCAGGGGCUCGCGCACCUCCACGACUGGGACAUUGUUCACCGGGACAUCAAGGCGGAAAACAUCCUCUUGGUGAGCGAGGAGACGGGCGUCAGGGCCGUGAUCGCGGACUUCGGCCUUGCGACGUGGCUCUCUGACAGUGUCCAGAUGGCGCGGCGGUGCGGAUCGCCUGGGUACGUUGCGCCAGAGGUCUGCGUCGGCACGCCGUAUGGGCUGAAUGUCGAUGUCUUCGGCGCCGGCGUUGUGCUUUUCUUCAUGCUAAGCAAGGACAUGCCCUUCGUCAGCAGGGACCGGGACACGGCCGCCACGAUGAGGAAGACCGUGAAGUGCGCCCUGCACCUGCACAGGCCGCCCUUCGACGCUAUGAGCAGCCGGGUGCGGGGCAUGUUGCGGGAGACGAUCUGCAAGAGCCCCGACGACAGGCUGAGCUCGGAGCGGUGCUUCACCCCUGGCUGCAGGGCAGGGGCUCCGCGAGGCCGGACGGCGAGGGCGCCCAGCGGCAGGCGGGCGCCCAGCACGCCCCAGCGGCUUCGUCGGCGGCCCCGCCAGCGCCUGUCGCCCCAGGACCUGAGGCCACGGCGGCAAUAG